GCUUCAGUCUGGGUUCUACUAUUCAGUCUCAGACCAAAGGUAUCUGGAUGUGGUGUGUCCCUCACCCCAUGUAUAAGGAUCGUGUUCUGGUUCUCUUAGACACAGAAGGCCUGGGGGACGUAGAGAAGGGGGAUAAAAAAAACGACAGCAAGAUCUUCACCCUUGCAAUCCUACUAAGCAGUGCCUUGGUGUAUAAUAGCCUCGGCACCAUCAAUCAGGAUGCCCUAGACAAAUUAAAAUUUGUAGGGGAAAUCACGGAAUUAAUCAAGGUGAGAACUGGCAGCAUUCCGGACGAGCAAGCAACAUUUUCCACAUACUUCCCCAUCUUUGUUUGGGCAGUGAGAGAUUUUAAUCUGGAACUGGAGAUUGAUGGGAAGACGGUCUCAGCGGAUGGUUACCUGGAGAACGCCUUAAAGCUUAAAACACGAUUGGGUGAGUUGGCAAAACUUUACACUGAAUCUCUAAACUCCUCUAAUGUUGCCUGCUUGGAGGAGACGGUGGUUUCCUUGGCUGAGAAGGAGAACAAAAUUGCCAUUCAGGAAGCAACAAAGCAUUAUGAGAAGAGGAUGAGGACAGUUGUGAUGCCCACUGAAACUCUCAAACAAUUCCUGGAUCUGAGCAGUCGGUUUGAAGAUGAAGCUCGGAAGGUAUUCCUGAAAAGAUCGAUUAAGGAUAAAGAUCAGAAAUUCCUUAAAGAAUUUUUGGAAAAGGUCCAGAGAAUGAGAAUAGAGUUUAAUACUAUGAAUGAGGCGAAGUCUCGGGAGGUGUGCACGGCUCUUAUUAAGAAGCACUCUGCUGACUUUGAGAGAGCUUUGGCUGAAGGAACAUUCCGCACGCUUGGGGGACAUGCAAAAUUCAAGCAGGGCUUAAAAGCCGUAGAAGAAAAGUAUAAUUGUGAAGGAGGAAAAGGUGUAAAG